AUGGUUUGGCAGCACGGCGACGAGCACAACAUCCCGGCGGAGCACCGACGGAACCAUCCUGGGCGUUGGCUGCCGGCCGAUCACCGGGUGCAGCACGAAUGGUUGCACCGGCGAGUGGAACACGUUGACAACAAUCCCAAGCAGGAUCUGAUCCCGGUGCUGCAGGAGUUCCGGGCGUUGAUCGAGACGAACCCGCGGAUUUACAUGUACUUUACGGAAAUGUGGGACGAGGUGCCGCACACGCAAGUUUACAACCGCGACCCGACAGGAAGCCGACAAAUCCGCGACCACGGACACAUGUUGGAUGUGAUGAACCAUAGCUUCAGCAGCGCGCCCGAGUGGACGGACGCGGCUGAGAGCGUCGGCAUGGUGGGGGUUCCUUUGUGUGCGAUCUUCGACUACGUGAUGGGCACGCCGAGCGGACAUGCCGCCUUUCUGGACCCGGACGUGAACCGGAUGCUGAAGAAGGUGCUGAACGCAUGGGGCCAGUUCCUGAAGACACCGGCGUCUGCCAAGGUGCUGGGCAGCCACAAAACCGGCUGGUUCGGCGAGGUGGGCUACAAGGACGUGAUGGCCGUGGCCAAUGCGCCCUACAAGACGAGCCACCGGUUCGAGGACAUGUUUGUGUGCGACCCGACGGCCGAGUACUACGGCUACAAGUCGUGGGACGACUUCUUCACGCGGCAGCUGCGCGACGAGGCGCGGCCGGUGGCGGCGCCGAACGACGACAGUGUGAUCGCCAACGCGUGUGAGAGCCGGGUGUUUGCGGUGGUGCGCGGAGCCCAGCUGCGCGACAAGUUCUGGAUCAAGGGACAGCCGUACAGCGUGCUGGACAUGCUGGCCCACGACCCGCUGGCGCAGCAGUUUGGCGGCGCCACGGUGUACCAGGCCUUCUUGUCGGCGCUGUCGUACCAUCGCUGGCACGCGCCUCUGUCAGGCACCGUGAGGCGGGCAUUUGUGCAGGACGGCACGUACUUUAGCGAGCCGCUCUUUGAGGGCGUCGGCGACCCGGAAAACGCGCGCAAAGAGGGCACGGCAGACGAGGACAAAGCGAUCGAUCCGAAAGGCAUCACCGUCGCCCAGGGCUAUCUGACUGCGCUGGCCACGCGGGCGGUCGUGUUCUUUGAAGCCGACAACGCUGACAUUGGCCUGAUGGCUUUUAUCGGUGUCGGCAUGGACGAGGUCAGCACCUGCGAGAUCACCGUGCGCGAGGGCCAGCAUGUCACCAAGGGCGAUCAGAUCGGCAUGUUCCACUUUGGCGGCUCGUCACACGUCCUGCUGUUCCGCAAGGGUGUCAAGGUCGACGGUUUCCCGCAACCGGGCGGCGAGGUCAACGUGCCGGUUCGUGGACAUCUGGCCAAGGUGCGCUCAUCGGUGUCAAAGGGUUGA